GGCCGCGGCGGGCGUGGUGAUGGUGCUGGUGCUGGUGGUGCUCAUCCCGGUGCUGGUCAGCUCGGCGGGCGCCGACGGCCGCUACGAGAUGCUGGGCACCUGCCGCAUGGUCUGCGAGCCCUACGGCACCGCCGGGCCGCUGGGCGAGCGGGGCCCCCUCCCGCCGCCCUCCACCUUGGUGCAGGGUCCCCAGGGCAAACCGGGCCGGCCGGGCAAGCCGGGCCCCCCGGGACCCCCCGGGGAACCGGGUCCGCCGGGGGCCGCGGGGCCGCCGGGGGCGCGGGGCGAGGCGGGGCGGCCGGGACCCCCUGGGCUGCCGGGGCCGGGGGCCACGGGGGCGGUGAGCACGGCCACGUACAGCACGGUGCCGCGCGUCGCCUUCUACGCCGGCCUCAAGAACCCGCACGAGGGCUACGAGAUCCUCAAGUUCGACGACGUGGUCACCAACCUGGGCAACAGCUACGAUGCCGCCUCGGGCAAGUUCACCUGCGCCAUCCCCGGCACCUACUUCUUCACCUACCACGUCCUCAUGCGCGGCGGCGAUGGCACCAGCAUGUGGGCCGACCUCUGCAAGAACGGCCAGGUGCGGGCCAGCGCCAUCGCGCAGGACGCGGACCAGAACUACGACUACGCCAGCAACAGCGUCAUCCUGCACCUGGACGCGGGUGACGAGGUCUUCAUCAAGCUGGACGGGGGCAAAGCCCACGGCGGCAACAACAACAAGUACAGCACCUUCUCGGGCUUCAUCAUCUACUCGGACUGAGCCUGGACCCGCGGCACCGCCCCGCGGCCAUCCAGCCCCACGGCAUCUCCCCGCGGCACCCCUCGACGCCCACCCAGCCCCACAGCAUCCCUCUGCCAUGGUUCGGACCCAUGGGAUCCCCGUCCUCCGUCCAGCCCCACGGCAUCCCCCCAGCUGCUGUGCGGCCCCGUGGCCACCCCCUGCUGCUGUCCAGCCCCACGGCGUCCCCCUGCUGCCUUCCGGCCCCGCGGUGUCCCCCCGCUGAGGUCCAGGACGUCCACCCCGGCUGGCUGUGGGGCCCCAAAACCCUGCUUCCCAACCACCCGCUCACCCCGCUGCUAAUUGGGGGCUGGGGGAGCAGAGGGGCAGCGGGCAGGCAGGAGCUGGGGGAAGCCCUGCGCUGCCCCUUCCCACCCCGUGUCCCCUGGCUGUGACCCGCUUGGCCCCACGGUCCCCGCUGCGGGCGCGCCGGGCUGUAUAUAUGUACAGGAGUCCGACGGGUGUCCCCACCCCGCACGGGGGCUGUGCCGGGGGGUGGCCACCGCUGCCCGGUCCCGGGCGACUCCAUGGUAAAGCAGAGCUGUGACCUCUCC